UACCAGCUGGUUGAGAGGGUGAUUUAAGUAAAGUGUCCAGUCUGCCUGAAGAUGAUGCAGCCUACUGAGAUGGAAAGGAGCGGCGGAGGUUCCAGAGCAGAAGAAAGGACGUCUGUUGUGAUUCCACAUAACAGUGUCAGCGUCCAUGGGAUCUCUUACACAGUCAGAGAACGUGUUGGACUUUGGUGGGAUAUCCCAUCGUAUCAUAAAAAAUACACACGGCAGAUCCUCAAAGAUGUCUCAUUUCACAUAGAGAGUGGCCAGAUCAUGGCAAUUUUGGGAAAUUCUGGCUCUGGAAAAACAACUCUGCUGGAUGCAAUAUCAGGAAGACUGAGACAAAAAGGAAAUUUCUUUGGUGAAGUGUACAUGAAUGGGCAAGAGCUGAAGAAAGAACAAUUUCAGGACUGCUUCUCAUAUGUUCAACAGAAUGAUACUUUGUUAGGUUAUCUCACCAUACAAGAAUCUUUGACUUACACGGCUUUACUCGCACUUCAGAAGCACUCCAACGACUUCAUUAAAAGGAAGGUAGAUGCUGUUAUGGCUGAGCUGAGCCUCAGCCAUGUUGCUACUAAUGUCAUUGGAAGCCGUAUUUUUAGGGGAAUUUCUGGUGGUGAGAGGCGUCGCGUUUCAAUUGCAGCCCAGCUAUUACAAGAUCCUAAGGUCAUGUUACUCGAUGAACCAACUACGGGACUGGACUGCAUGACUGCAAAUCAGAUUGUCUUGUUGCUUUCGGAACUUGCACGCAAAGACAGAAUUGUGAUUAUUACAAUUCAUCAACCACGGUCAGAACUUUUCAGGUUAUUUGACAAAAUCGCCAUCAUGAGUUUUGGAGAAUUGGUUUUCUGUGGGGACCCUCCAGAAAUGAUCACAUUUUUUAGUGAUUGCAACUACGCCUGCCCUGAACAAUCAAAUCCUUUUGACUUUUAUGUGGAUCUGACAUCUGUGGACACUCAAAGCAAAGACCGUGAACUGGAAACCUACAGAAGAGUUCACAUAAUUACAUCUGCCUAUAAAAAUUCAGAGAUCUUUCGCAAGACUUUGGAGGCCAUUGAAAGAACAAAACGCAUGAAAGACCUGCCAGCAAUACCAUUCAAAAGCAAAGACUCACCCAGUGCAGUCUCCAAACUAUGGAUUCUCUUACGGAGGACAACAAGAAACUUCUCCAGAGAUAAGACUGGCAUCAUCAUGCGUCUUUCUCAGAAUCUGUUGUUUGGCCUGUUUUUAGCAAUUUUCCUUCUCAGACUGAAGAAUGAUCUUCUAAAAGGAGCACUGCAAGAUCGCGUGGGGCUCAUUUACCAGUGUCUGAGUGCUACACCUUACACAGGAAUGCUCAAUGCUGUUGCCCUGUUUCCUCCAUUACGUGCUGUCAGUGACCAGGAAAGCAAAGAUGGCUUAUAUCAGAAGUGGCAAAUAUUGUUAGCAUACAUACUACAUUUCCUUCCCUUCAGUAUCAUCAGUGUGGCGAUUUUCAGCACCUUUCUAUACUGGACUGUAGGAAUGAACCCUGAUGUUUCCAGAUUUGGAUAUUUCUUUGCUGUUGUGUUAGUACCUCAUAUAAUUGGCGAGCUACUAACGCUUGUUUUGCUUGGUGUGGUUCAAAACCCAAGUGUAGUCAACAGUGGAGUGAUGCUACUUAACAUAGCAGGAGUGCUAGUUGGAAGUGGGCUUGUAAGGCGCACAGAAGACAUGCCUACACCUUUUAAAGUUCUAAGUUACCUUACGUUCCAAAAAUACAGCAGUGAGGUUCUUGUAGUCAAUGAAUUUUAUGGAUUAAACUUCACAUGUGGUGGCUCCAAUGUUUCUCCUGGAGUUGAUGCAUCAUGUGUUUUCCCUCAGGGCAUUCAAUUCAUUGAGACAUCCUUUCCUGAUGCAAUGUCCAGGUUCACAACAGACUUCUUAAUGCUAUAUGCUUUCCUACCCGCAUUUGUCAUUCUAGCAAUUGUGAGUUUUAAAAUAAGAGAUAUAAUUAUUGUCAGGCAAUAAAAACGUUAGGAAUUCUAAACUGGCUGUACAGUACUAUAUACCAAACUUGCAGUAUUUGAGA